AUGGAUAAUACCUACGCUCAUCUUGCCAAUUAUCUUGUUGAAAAAAUUUCACCUCUUGAUUCAAAGGAACGUUUUCUGCUGGCUAUCGCUGGAAUUCCUGGAUCGGGAAAAUCUACGCUAACGCACAAAGUUACUUCCUUAAUAAAUAAAAAAGUGGGAAAUGUAGCAGUGAUGAUUUCGAUGGAUGGAUUUCAUCAUCCAAAAAGUGUUUUAGAUACAUUUGAGGAUCCAGAACAAGCACAUGCUAGACGUGGUUCUUAUUGGACAUUUGAUGUCGAAGCACUUUUGGAAUUAGUGAAGACAUCGAGACAACCUAUUGAUCCCGAAAACUCGAGUGUGAUUAAAGCCCCUUCGUUUGACCAUGCUGUCGGGGAUCCAAUAAAGGAUGACAUUUCUAUUUUAUCAAGCCAUAAGCUCGUGAUCUUUGAAGGCCUGUAUCUCCUCUUGACUGAACCUUAUCCAUGGGAUCAAAUUCAAAAAUAUAUGAACGAAUUAUGGUUUAUCGACGUGGAAAUUCCAAUUGCCAAAGAUCGUAUCAUCAUAAGACAUUUAGCAAGUGGAAUAGCUAAAAGCAAAGAAGGAGCUGCACAACGAUUCGAAAAUAAUGAUAGACCAAACGCUGAAUAUAUAUUAGCUCAUUGUGCUCAACCCACAAAAAUUGUUUAUAGUGUCGAAGACCAAGAAGAAGUGCAAGAGAUGAUCAGUGAGAUACCGUGA